GCCCCAUGCCGGGAGUCCAGCAGCCGGUCAUGUGCGGGUCCUCCGCCACACGGGGGCCCUUGGCGGCAGGCUGCAGGGCCAAAGGGCUGCGGGGGCGUGCGGGGCAGCCGCAGGUGGGCCCCGUGCCGGCGGUGCCCGCGCCCUCGCGCCCGGCGCCCGCCGCCGCCGAGCUCCUGGGGCUGCUGCUGCCCUCGCCCGCGCCGGGCAGCGCGGCGGCGCAGGCGCCCGAGGCCCUGGCCGUGGCCGUGCUGCAGGACGCCCGGCGCGCGGCGCAGCCGCAGCCGACCCCGCGCCCGACGCGCCCCGAGCCACUAGAGGACGACCGGGCGCUCCAGCCGCGGGCCGCCAGCCAGAAGGGCAUCCCGGCCGCGCCGACGGCGGAGGAUCGCCGUCUGCGCCGACCGCGGGGACGCCAGGCCAGCGACGAGGACCCCCCGAGCGAGACCACGAGCCCGGUGUCGGUGGCCUCCGGGGUUCGCCCGCCCCGCGCUGGGAGGGGCGGGGCUCCUCCAUGCAGGCGCACGAGGUGUUCGAGGUGACGCCGUAUCGGGAGAUCUACGGCAUGCACCCUCGCCUUUUCGACUUCGACAAGGACUACUCCAUGGUCCCCGCCAAGGGCUCCCCGACGCCCUCGGAGAUCCUCGCGCGGGCGGCGGAUCUCGAGGACGACGAGGACUGCGACAGCGCGGACGAGUGGGGCGACGACGCCGGCUGGGACGAGGUGUGGACGCUCCCGACCUCCCCGCUGAGAGAGCCGGAGGUCGAUCUGGAGGAGCGCGAGGGCGCGGUGGUCGCGAGCGGCAGGUGCUGA